AUGGACCCAGAUGAAGUCGGUGUGUGGAAGAGUCCUGCAGCGACGGUGGAUGCUCUUAUGCGAUGGCAGUACUUUAAUUGGGAUCCUCGUGCACAUAGUAAAGAUUGCUUGCCGCAUCACAGACGAAGCCAAUCCGUGCACGUCUUUGUGGACGCCUCAAGGGUAACAGGGCGAAGAGUUUCUUCCGAAAUAGGCUCAGGCAACAACCAGCGUCACUCCGCGCUGCGGUCAUUGAUGUCUCCACUGUUUUCAGAGAAUUUACGGGCGAUGAACUUCAAACGUGUGACUCAGAAGGGUCUUGCCGAGACGCUGGCGGCGUUGCGGGGGUGGUCGGCAGAUUCCCACUGGCGCGCCCUUGAGGAACGAAGAAACACGCGCAGAGGAGAAACGGAGGCGCACUCACAUUCACAUUGA